ACAAAUUUGCAACCACAAAGAGGCAGAACAGAGUGUUGUCUGAUUUUUCAAGCUUUAACCCAGAAAAAAAAACCACAAAGAGGAGACAUUUCUUCUUACGCUUUAACCCUAACUUAUUUGUGUUACAUCACGAUCCUUGCUAGCUGAAAGAAGAUAUGCUGUCCGAUCUUCCAAGGGAUGUGGCAGAGGAUGUGCUGAUUAGGCUUCCAAUGACAUCUAUGAGAGCAGUGCGAUUCGUAUGCAAAAAUUGGAACGCUUUAUCCAAAGAUGAGAGUUUUACAAAGAAGCACCUUGCUCAGGCCAAAGCAGCAGCAGGAGCAAGGGAGUUUAUGACGGUUAUGGUGAUUAAUUAUCGGGUUUAUUUGAUGAGUAUCAACCUCCAGGGAAUUCACAACAACAUUGAACCAUCAAUAAACCAUCUAGGUAAACUCGUUAGCCUAACCGAAUCAGAUCGAGUAGAUAUAUCUGUUGUGUAUCACUGCGACGGUUUAUUGUUAUGCAUCACCAGAAACAUCCCUAGGUUCACUGUUUGGAAUCCGUAUUGCGGCCAAACCCGGUUGUUCGAAACAAUACGCAGACCUGAGCCUAGAUAUGCUAUAGGAUACGAGAAUAGCAAAUCAUUCCGCAGCUACAAAGUAUUGAGAUUCUGUGAACCUUCUCGCGGAUACGUUCGUUAUGAAUUGUACUACAUCAACUCUAAAUCACCUAGUGAUAUCAUGUCUAUCCCUAUUACUAUCUUUCCAGAUUGGGAUAUAGAGUUUUAUGCACGUGGCGUGUCUCUCAAGGGAAACACUUAUUGGUUUGCACAAGAAAAUUGUGCAGGAGACGACGGAACAGAAAUAGGGUACCAAGAUUUUUUGAUCUGUUUUGAUUUUUCAAAAGAGAGAUUUGGACCGCGUCUAAGUCUACCGUUUCACUCAAUUAUGGAAGAUACUGUGACUCUAUCUAGUGUUAGAGAUGAGCAACUUGCAGUGUUAUUUCAGGAAGAGGAUACGUUACAUUUAGAGAUAUGGAUUACGACUAAGAUUGAGCCUGAAGCGGUGUCAUGGGGCAAGAAGGUCUUCUUAGCUGUGAAUAUGAAACCACUCGAUGAUUAUGCAUUUAAUGUUACAUCAGGGAGUUUCUUUGUUGACGAGGAGAAGAAAGUUGCCGUAGUUUUUGAUAUUGACAGAGGUACGGGGAUGGUCACGGGGAUGGACUGCUUCGCUUAUAUCAUUGGAAAGGAUGGAUAUUUCAAAAAAGUGGAUCUCAGAGACCCUUCAGAAGAUUGUUCUUUCCCACUGAUGUGCUCUUAUGUUCCAAGUUUAGUGCAAAUUGAACGACCUGCACGAGGUGGCAAAAGGAAAAGAGACGGGGGAAACAAAUAUAAAAAACAGAUUAUCGAGUAUCUCUAGUUUCUUUCUUUCUUUGUUUCCUUUUGUUGUGAUGUGCUCUUGUUUCUCAUAUCUUGCUAGUGCAAUUUGAAGCGGAAACUCAAAAUUAUUCUCUCAUAUAUCCUAACUCGCGGAUAAGAUGUUUAGUAUGUUUUGCAUC